UAUUAUUGGCAGAGGCUCUAAGGUUACACUAUGCAAUUAGCUUGCCGUGAAAGCGCGCACACGCAGUCAGACGCGCUCCCUCCGCGCCGCCGAUCAGCACGGCCACCACCGAGAGCAUAACACGGAGGGAUCAUCGGGAUCCGAACACUGCAACCGCCGCCGGAGUCGACACACAUUAUUGCCUGCGUUGACAUUUCCAAUUCCAACGGGAAAAUCGGGAACAUAACGAGGGUGUUGGAUACCGGGAGGACGACAUGGGGGAGUUUACGGCGUUCUUGCUGUUACUGGUGGCGACCUUGACGCUUUCAUCCGAGGUGCCCGCUGAUGACUCCAUGGGUUUGCUAACGGAGCCCCAGGUGGCCAUGUUCUGCGGGAAGCUCAACAUGCACAUCAAUGUGCAGAGUGGCAAAUGGGAGUCUGACCUCUCGGGCACAAAGAGCUGCGUCGGCACCAAAGAGGGAAUCCUGCAGUACUGCCAAGAGGUGUACCCAGAGAUGCAGAUUACAAAUGUUGUGGAGGCCAACCAGCCCGUCAGCAUCCAGAACUGGUGCAAGAAAGGCCGCAAACAAUGCCGCAGUCACACACACAUUGUGGUCCCAUACCGCUGCCUGGUUGGGGAGUUUGUGAGCGACGCCCUGCUCGUGCCUGACAAGUGCAAGUUUCUGCACCAGGAGCGCAUGGACCAGUGUGAGAGCCAUCUGCACUGGCACACUGUGGCCAAAGAGUCCUGUGGAGACCGCUCCAUGAAUCUCCAUGACUACGGGAUGCUGUUGCCAUGUGGUAUUGAUCGUUUCCGAGGGGUAGAGUUUGUCUGCUGCCCGGCAGAGGCUGAGCGAGACCCAGACAGCACAGCGCCAGAAGGGGAGGAGUCAGACGUCUGGUGGGGUGGAGCUGAGGCCGAAUACUCCGACAACAGCAUGCCACACCCGGCAGCACCAGAGGCCGUGACUGCUGAGGAUGACGACGACGAUGACGACGAAGAAGAUGAUGGUGAUGACGAAGAAGACACUUUUGAAAGGGAUGACAAUGGAGGUGGAGACAGAGAUGAUAAUGAAGAUGAGGAGGGCGACGACAACGACGUGAUCGAUGAACGGGAUAGCGAUGAGCGCAAUGCCAAUAUCGCCAUGACAACCACCACUACCACCACCACCGAAUCAGUUGAGGAAGUGGUUCGAGCCGUUUGUUGGGCUCCUGCUGAGUCAGGCCCCUGUCAUGCCAUGCUGGAGCGUUGGUACUUCCUGCCUGAGAAGGGCCGCUGUGUUCCCUUCUUGUUUGGGGGCUGUGGGGGCAACAGGAAUAACUUUGAUUCGGAGGAGUACUGCCUAGCUGUCUGCAGCAGCUCGUUGCCCACCGUGGCCCCCAGUCCUCCAGACGCCGUAGAUCGGUACCUCGAAUCUCCAGGGGAGGAAAGCGAGCACCCUGACUUCCAGAAGGCCAAGGAAAGCCUUGAGGCCAAACACCGUGAAAAGAUGUCCCAGGUGAUGAGGGAUUGGGAGGAGGCUGAGAGGCAGGCUAAGAACCUUCCCCGUGCUGACAAGAAAGCUGUCAUCCAGCACUUCCAGGAGAGGGUGGAGGCUCUGGAGCGGGAGGCCGCAGGAGAGAGGCAGCAGCUGGUGGAAACUCACAUGGCCCGGGUGGAGGCUCUGCUCAACAGCCGCCGACGCCUGGCUCUAGAAACGUACCUCGGUUCCCUUCAGGCCAAUCCUCCACGGCCUCGUCAGGUGUUGAGUCUGCUGAAGAAGUACGUCCGUGCCGAGCAGAAGGAUAGGCAGCACACGCUGAAACAUUAUGAACACGUCCGCACCGUUGAUCCCAAGAAGGCCGCACAGAUCCGACCUCAGGUUUUGACCCACCUACGUGUGAUUGAUGAGAGGAUGAAUCAGUCCGUUGAUCUGCUCUACAAAGUGCCCAAAGUGGCGAAUGAGAUCCAAAGCCAAGUCUCUGUUAUAAUGCAGAGAGUUCAGUCGGAGCUGUCGCAGCAAGUCUCUUCACUGCAGAGCGACAGGCGGGUGAACGGCAGGGUGAGCUACGGUAACGACGCGCUGAUGCCUGAUCAGACCUACAGCUCUGCUCCGAUGGACCCCGGCCUGGACCGACUGGGAUUCAUCCACCCCGAGAGCUUCAACCAGCCCAACACAGAAAACCACGUUGAGCCCGUUGAUGCUCGUCCAAUUCCAGACAGAGGACACCCCACACGACCUGUAUCUGCGGUGAAGGCAGAAGUGCGGAUGGAGAGUGAAGAGAGGCAAAGUGCUGGUUAUGAGGUUUACCAUCAAAAACUGGUAUUUUUUGCUGAGGAUGUGGGGUCCAACAAAGGUGCCAUUAUUGGACUUAUGGUCGGCGGGGUUGUCAUAGCAACUAUCAUUGUCAUUACUUUGGUGAUGCUGAGGAAGAAACAGUAUACUUCUAUUCAUCACGGAGUAAUUGAGGUGGACGCAGCUGUGACACCAGAGGAGCGUCAUCUGGCCAAAAUGCAGCAGAAUGGCUACGAGAAUCCCACCUACAAAUUCUUCGAGCAGAUGCAGAACUAAAGAGCCGCCGGUCCACAUUUCCCCCCCAGACGUGACCGCUCACUCUCCCCUCGUAGGUUCCAUUCUGGUCCUUGCGCUCAGCUCCUGCUUCCUCAUUUUCAGGGCCAAGGAAAGGUGUGAAGAGUGCUGCAAAAUUGUUAUGCUUUUUUGACAAAAAAGAUAAGUGAAAUCUUUUAACAGUUUUUGUGCCAAAGGUAAAAUGAGCAUUAAAUCCCCAGAUGGCAAAGACCAACACAUGAGCUUGUAUUUAACUGCAAUUGAUCUGACAAAGGUACACCUGUUUCACCUGCACAUUUCAGCCAAUCGCAACCAAAACUUCAAAAUGUUUGUACUGGAAAAGAAAACCUGGUGAUGAUUGAUAUGAAGUCCCGAAGCAGAAACCGUCAACAUGUAAAUCCAAGCAGUUUAAUUCCCGGCCCCCACCCUCCUCUUCUUUCAGACACGCACGCACACACACACACACACACACACAAAGAGGCCCUUUGCACAAUUGGAGCCCAACUAUUUCAGGUUUGUUUUACAAAAAAGUAGAAAAAUAUGCAGAAAAACUAAACAUUAUCAAAGUAUGUAAAAGUUUAAGCAUAUUGAAUGUUUUUGUUUUCUGAUUUAUUUUUAUUUUGUAUGUGUAAUAUAUUAAGACAGAGAUUAGCUGUAAGUAUAUGUAGUGCAUGGCAAUAUUGAUUGACAGAUUCAGUAAGUUAAGGUUCAGCGGAGUGUCCUCUUAUUAGAUAUUUUAGCGAGAUUGUACAUUUCCCUUGCGUCUUCUUUGUGAUCUUGUGAUAUGGAGAAGAAAACUCAUAUUCAGAACCUGGUCUGCUUUGAUGUCCCACAGACUCGCUUUAACGGAAUCUCGGCUUGUUGCGCUCACCCCCAUGCUUCUCUGUUGUGUCAGCUGCAUGGGCUUAAUGCUCUGUGUGUAAUAUAUGAAGUGUAAUGGUAUCCAAAAGGAGGACUAUUUUGUUAGUUUGCGUUCUAUGCACUCUUUUCAUUUAAGCGUGAUCACCAAUUUUUUUGCCGUUUAUGUCCUCGAUGACGAUUCACGCUGUUGCUGCACAACGAGGAGGUCAAACUUUAGGAUGGAGGUUUUCUGAAAGUGUAUAAUUCCAGAUUCAUCAUUCCAUUCUCUUGAUUGUAAAUAAGAUUGGAGAGCCCGCUUUCAACAGCCCACUUUAAUUAGGAAAAUCAGCCUCUCUUUUAGUCUUGUUCACGUCCUUUUUCAUUCUUGCUUUCUAGCCCUCAUAUGUCUGUUUACCCUCUUUCUGGCUGUGUCAUCUAUUUUGUACAGUGUAUGCUUGAAAUGACUUGUCAGGCGUUCAGAGAUCUAACUUUUUGUCCUCUUCAAUACAUUCCAUCAUCAAAUAUUGCAUCCGCAGUCUAUUUUUCUACAUCUUCCAUAUUUGGAAGUGGUUUGUCAAGUGGUGGAUUUCUUUGCCCCCAUAUCAUAAAGUAUUUUAAGUCCUCCAUUAGAGGUGAACCAUUGCCAUCAGCACAGGGGAGGAUGAGCACAAUUAAGUUAACACCACCUCCAGUACAUGAAUGUGACAUGCUUAUUGUACUUUUAUACCACAGAAACGACAUAUCACCUCUCUGCACAUUACACUCACAUGUGUACAAAUACUAACUUAAGCUCUUAAUCAGGUGAAUGUUUAAAAUUUGUAUCAAUCUUCAGUCUGGGUGUCUUUGGAUGCUUACAUUUAAACCUUCCCCCCACCCCAUUGAUUCAGACCUUCCUUGGUGUGUAGUUAAAUGAACCAUUUGCUUAGAGUAAGACAAAGCUUUCUACACUCUGUAUAUCAUGAAUAAAAUUUUGAAUGUA